GACAGAGCUGCGAUUGGCGCGCGCGCUGGACGCUGCCGCGGCCCCGCGGGUUGCCAUGCCAUGGCCAGCUGUCGUGCCGGCCGCCCUGGUGAACGGCGACCCUGCUGAAGGCCGCGAUGCAGAGCAGGACGGAUGGGGCCAGCAGUUCCGUGGAGCACCCCCGAAGAAUUGGAGCACGCUGCAGGGCAUCCUCCACAAGUUGGGCUUCGCGUCGGACGCCUCCGACCCCUGGCAGCGGCUGGGCUACGCCGCGCUGGAGGGCCCCGCGCCCACGGCCCCGGCUCUGGCCGCCCGGGAGCGCACGGCUGUACAAUUGUGCGCUCUUGGCAGCAAGGCCGACUGGCUGCCCGCUGAUCGGCAG